GAAACUUUGCCCACGUCGUUGCCGUUCGGCCCCACGUGCAUCGUCACGAAAAGCCGCUGUCUUUGUCGGAGGGUGCUCAGUACACCGUGCUGUUCUGGGACACCGUGUCCGCCGGAGUCGUCUGUCUUUGGGACACAUUCAAGCGAUCGGGGUAAGCCAUGCCUUCAGUUCCCUCAACCAAAGAAACCACCGUCAAGGUGUGCCCUCACGCCGCCAAGCUGCUCAACCACACCAAUGGAGAAUCCAAACUCCGAGAGGGUCCCUUCCCACUGAACGGGGUUGACAAGCUGGUGGACACCGAGGUGGCGAACCAGACCAUUCAGAUCAACACAAAGAGCACGUCUCCUGACAGGAAAUGGAUCCGGCCUGACCUUCCCAGCCGCUGCACAUGGAGCCUGGGAGCUUCGAAAGCCGACUCUCCUCACACACGAGUUCCGAGAGCCGUUGCUCCAGCUGUUCUUCCAAACAUCCUGCAUAAGAUCGGUGACACUCCCUUGGUACGGAUCAACAAGAUCCCCAAAGUGUUUGGACUGCAGUGUGAAAUAUUGGCCAAGUGUGAGUUCUUCAAUGCUGGCGGCAGCGUCAAGGACAGGAUCAGCCUGCGGAUGGUGGAGGACGCCGAGAGAGCUGGGCUCCUCAAGCCUGGAGACACCAUUAUAGAACCCACCUCUGGAAACACUGGUAUUGGAUUGGCCCUGGCUGCAGCUGUAAAAGGCUACCGUUGCAUCAUAGUCAUGCCGGAGAAAAUGAGCAUGGAGAAGGUGGAUGUUUUGAGAGCUCUUGGAGCCGAGAUCGUUCGUACACCCACCAGCGCUCGCUUCGAUUCGCCAGAGUCUCACGUGGGCGUUGCCUGGCGCCUGAAGAACGAGAUCCCCAACUCCCACAUCCUGGAUCAGUACCGUAACCCCAGCAAUCCACUGGCUCACUAUGACACCACAGCUGAAGAGAUCCUGGAGCAGUGCGACGGUAAAAUUGACAUGCUGGUGGCAGGAGCAGGCACAGGAGGGACAAUCACAGGUAUCGCCCGCAAACUGAAGGAAAGAUGCCCCAACAUCAAAAUUGUUGGCGUUGACCCAGAAGGCUCCAUCCUGGCUGAGCCUGAGGAGCUUAACAAGACCGAUAAGACCCAGUACGAGGUAGAGGGCAUCGGGUACGACUUCAUCCCCACUGUGCUGGACAGAUCAGUGAUUGAUACCUGGUACAAGUCCAACGAUGAGGAUUCCUUCAACAUGUCUCGUAUGCUGAUCAGAGAGGAGGGCCUGCUGUGCGGAGGCAGCUCUGGAACGGCAAUGGCAGCAGCUGUGAAUGUCGCCAAAGAACUGAAGGAGGGCCAGCGCUGUGUGGUCAUCCUGCCAGACUCCAUCCGCAACUACAUGUCCAAGUUCCUGAGUGAUAAGUGGAUGGUAGAUAAGGGCUUCCUGAGGGAGGAGGACCUCAUGGUGAAGAAACCAUGGUGGUGGAACCUGAAGCUCCAGGGUUUGAACCUGUCAGCCCCCCUCACUGUCCUGCCAACCGUCAGCUGCCAGAAGACAAUCAAAAUCCUGAAGGAGAAGGGCUUUGACCAGGCACCUGUGGUGGAUGAGGCUGGGUUAAUCCUGGGCAUGGUGACUUUGGGGAAUAUGUUGGCCUCGAUUCUGGCAGGGAAGAUCAAGCUGUCAGACCCAGUCAGCAAAGUGCUCUACAAGCAGUUCAAACAGAUCCGUCUGACUGAUAACUUGGGAAAGUUGUCCCGCAUUCUGGAGACUGACCACUUUGCCCUGGUGGUACAUGAACAGAUCCAGUACUUGACAGACGGCUCUCCCAUUCUGAAGCAGAUGGUUUUCGGGGUGGUGACGGCCGUCGACCUGCUCAACUUUGUCACAGGGCGGGAAAGGAGAGAGCGAUCCAUGUCAGAGUCGACUGACGAGCUGUGAACGGCAAACUAAAACACCCAGUCACACACUUGUAUAUUUCAUUCACUAACAUAACAAACAUGAAGAGUAGUUUCUCAGUAGGUGUCUGAAAGAUGGCAAAAAAUUUUUUUGAAUGAGUUUAGCUCUUUUUUUUCACUUAGAAAAAAAUUAUUCUUUUUUUUUUGAAGUUCAAUCUUGUAAUAAGCAAAAUAUGUUUCGCCAUUUGGUUAUUUUGUGAUAUUACAUACUUGAGGCAUUUGAUUCUUACUUAUUAUAUUUGCUUUUGUAGUGCAAAGAAAUCUUUAAUGAGUUUGUAAGUUGUAGAAAGCUUUUUGUUUCGUAUCAGGGUCGGUUGGUGAGUCGAAGCCUUUUAUUUGUCCGAAAAGUGAUUGUUUCACUGCAGCCUUGUGUACCAAUCAAACAUUAAAAGCCACAUUCAUCUCAUUUAACAAGAUAAGACAAGUAGAGUUGUUGUAAAUAAGCAUAUGAUCUUUCCAAUGUUGCUCACUGUGUGCUGCUUUUUCAUUUGUGUUUACAUUAAAAGAAAUAAAUGUAGAGUUUAAUUACAUUUCUCAGAACAAUCAUGUAGUAUUUCCCUCUCCUGUUUCAACGCAGUGCCUGUGGUGUAACUGUAAAGUGACUAUUUAAUCUUAGUGUGUCUAGGAGAAACAUUUUAUAUUGCAUCAUUUUCCUUCAUGAAUGUGUAAGAUUAAAUAAAAUUUGAAGAAAGUC